AUGGGUGUUAAGGGACUGUGGUCACUGCUGAACCCAGUUGGGCGACCGGUUCAGAUCGAGAGCUUGGAGGGCAAACGCCUCGCAAUCGACAGCUCCAUUUGGUUGUACCAGUUCCAAUCGACGAUGCGCGACAAGGAAGGUCGCGUGCUUGUCAACGCGCAUGUCCUGGGCUUUCUACGGCGAAUAAACAAGCUAUUAUUCCACGGCAUCAAGCCAGUCUUCGUGUUCGACGGCGGCGCACCAGCUUUGAAGCGAAGUACGAUUGCUGAGCGCAAGCGCCGAAAGGUUGGUGCAGCCUUCAACCAUGCAAAGAUGGCAGAAAAGCUCCUUGCAGCGCAGAUGCGUCGCGAGGCCGUGAGAGUUGCCCAAGAGGGCGGAGAGACGAUUCCAGAGAACGCAGUGUAUCUGGACCAGCUGGAGGGACGACCGCCGCCUCCAGCUCGCACUGAAAACGCUGCAUCUUCCUCGAAGACUGGGCCUGUGAACCCAGCCGAUGAAACCCCUGAACAACGGCGGAAGCGGUUCAAGAACUACGACAGAUACUAUCUCCCCGAGGCAGACAUGCCAACAACUUCGACUGAAGAGCGACCAGACGCUCGUCUCGCUACCGAGGAGGAGUUGAAGCAGUUUAUCGACGAGAUGCGCCCAGAAGACUUCGACGUGGAAUCGGAGGAGUUCCGAGCCCUGCCCACCGAAGUGCAGUACGAGAUCAUCGGCGAUCUGCGUGUCAAGUCUAGGCAGCAGAGUCACAAGCGUCUCACGGAAAUGCUUCGCGCCGCCCCAACUGCCCUAGAUUUCUCCAAAGCGCAGAUCAAGCAUCUGUCACAGCGCAAUGCUCUCACACAGCAGCUCCUCACCGUGACAGACAUGGUGAGCAAGGCGCACUUGACAAUUCCGGUCAAGAUUGCGGCUGAACGCAACCGAGAGUACGUUCUGGUCAAGAAGAACGAGGACGAGGGCGGUGGCUGGGCGCUCGGCAUUAGGGAAGGCACCAAGGAGAAGCCAAUCGUUCUUGAGCCGGAAACACCGGAGCGGCCUGGGCGGAAGCAGCCCAUCAAGCGAGAGAGCAGCGAUGACGACUCGGACAGUGGCAUCGAGGAGGUUCAAGAACACAGGAGGCAGGAGAUGCUGGAAGCAAUUGCUCGUCGUUACGCGCCCCCGCCGAAGAAGGAGGAAAAGGUCGCCUCGUUUGGGAAAGCUCGUGAGCCAGGCGCUGCCCCGUUGUUCGACGUGGCGGACGACAUCGAGUUCGAGGCUGAGGAUGCUCCUGAGCCAAAAGUCGAUGUCACAGCGAACGACGAGGCCCUAGCACUUGCGCUGCAGCAAGAGGAGCUCGGCUCUGAUGAGGAGACCCCAGAUCCCGCUCUGGCUCGAGCUCUGGCACUGAGUAGAAUACAGAAGGCCAAGACACCGCCCGCCGUGGUGACCGAGAUCAGUGACAGUGACAGCGACGAGUUUGAGGAAGUCGAGGUCACACCCAGCUCUGGCCCAACUCCCGAGCCUCCUCAGCCGAUUGCUGUCGACAGCGAUGACGACGAGGUCGAAGUGACCGCGAGCGCCCCAGUGCAGGCGCCGAAGGUCGCCCAGCUCAAUGACGCAGGCAAGCUCAACAACCUUGUUCAGGAAAGCAUCCAAGGCAACGCCGCUCUGAACACUACGGCGCCAUCGAGCCGCAAGCCCGGCGAUCUCAUCAGCAACGUUGCCCGGGCUGCUUCAGCUAGGACCAAUGAGCCGCCGAAGUCUGCGGCUCAACUUGUCCCCGCUUCCCGUCCUCAAACCGCUGCACCCGCGCCAGCUCCGAGGAGAUCCGCGGCUUCACUCGUAACCGCAUCAAGACCUGAACCGCCCCGCGCUAGAUCGCCUCCUCGACGGCCAGCUAGGGUUUCAGCAGCACAGCUUGUUGCCGCGUCCAAACCGCCUCCGCCUCCCCAAUCGCCUGAAGAGGCUUCAGAGAGUGAGGACGACUUCGAGGAGGUUGCAGUUCAACUUGGCAAAGAGCCAACCCCUGCUUCUGUCCGUGAAGAUACGCCAGAGGCUGAGGGCGAAGAUCGCGACAGCGUUUCGCCGGCUCGUGAGCGAACGCCCUCACCGGUGACGGAGUCGUCGCCUGACCGAGUGCAGGUGCUCCCAAGCAGACGAGCGCCCUCACCCUCUCCUGCCCCGGUGGAAGCGGAGCUCCCGAUCCCCGCCAACGACAGAGGCGCGCCUUCCCCAUCCCCUCCUCGUGAGAGUACCCCAGAGUUCGACUUCGCCGCCGCUGCUGAGACUGCUGUGGAGCGUGAGCCACCCUUAGUGGAAACAUUGCACGAUGAGUCAGAGGACGAGGAAGCCAUCGAAUGGUCUCGUUCGCCGUCUCCGGUCCGCCGCAAAUUGGCACUAGCCGGUGAGGAUGGAGAAGGCGACACGUCGAUGCAGUCCAUCGAGAGUCAUCAUAGCCAAGCACCUUCGGAAGCUGGUGACAACGGUGAGAUGGCUCCCGUCGACAUGGUGGACGAGGAGGACGACUACGCCCGUUUCCUUGCCCAGAUCAAGGGGCGCGACCUGACCGAUGUCCGCACCGAAAUCGAUGAGGAGAUCCGGGUACUGAACACGCAAACAAAGGCCGCCAUGCGCGACUCGGACGAGAUCACGCAGGCAAUGGUCGUGCAGAUCCAAACCCUACUGCGUCACUUCGGUAUCCCUUACAUCACGGCGCCGAUGGAGGCAGAGGCGCAGUGCGCUAAGCUCGCGGAACUCGGGCUCGUGGAUGGCAUCAUCACCGAUGACUCGGACGUGUUCCUGUUCGGCGGCACGCAGUGCUUCAAGAACAUCUUCAACGACAACAAGUUUGCCGAGUGCAUCCUCGCAACGGACGUCGAGCGCGAGCUAUCCCUCACGCGUGAGAGACUCAUCUCUUUGUCGUACCUCCUCGGUUCGGACUACACGAUCGGCCUUCCCGGCAUCGGCCCCGUACUGGCAUUGGAGCUGCUCGCGAACUUCCCUGGCCCUGAUGGACUGCUCAGGUUCAAGGAGUGGUGGACGCGCGUGCAGCGCGGACAAGACCUGGAUGUCGAGGCGGACACCAAGUGGAAGCGCAACUUUAAGAAGCGGUUUUCUGGUUCGAUCUUCUUGCUCUCCGACUGGCCGAACCCGCAAGUGCGCGAGGCGUACUUGUACCCAACUACGGAUGAGAGCGAUGAGCCAUUCCACUGGGGCUUCCCUCGGCUCCAGGCUCUGCGGACAUUCCUGCACGAAGAGCUCUCCUGGUCGAUCUCAAAGGUGGACGACGAGCUGACGCCGAUCGUGCAGCGCAUCGCGCAGCGCGGCAAGGGCGGGCUCGCGAAGCAGAAGACGCUUCUGCCGUUCUUCGACGCUACAGCCGGAGUGGGGCACUACGCCCCCCGUCGCCGGCAGGUCAACGUUAGCAAGCGUCUGCUGAAUGUUAUCAAAGAGUUCCGCGAGGCAGAGGCCAAGGCGCGCGGGCAGGAGCCCGAGGAUUGGGGCGAGAUGAUGAAGGCGGUCGAGCCUGCGCCGGUAGCUGGGAAACGCAAGGCAUCCGGCUCCGCGACAGCUGUUAAGGACGCUGACGCGGAUGAGGAGCCGCUGGAGGAGGUGCAGCCGAAGAAGCGCAAGCGUGCUCCUGCUAAGCGCGGCAGGGGUCGAGGACGUGGCGGAAGUAGAGCCGCAUCAUCGCGGGCAAGCUCGAAGGCGGCAUCGCGUGCGGCUUCAGUUGCCUCUGACGAGGACUACGCCGAGUAG